UUAUGAUUCAUCCCCCAAAGGAACAUACAGAGUCGGUACAUAUAAAGGCUGAUUAGACCCGAGGAUUUCCUUUUCGUUUUACUCUGUAAACAUUUCAUGCUCCCCGUUGACCUCAGGAUUUAUCUUCGCCCCUGGUUACAUUAUCCACAAUGUCCACGAUUGUUAUUGUAGGCGCCGGCGUGAGCGGCCUUACUUGCGCCCUUCAACUAGCCAAGCAAGGAGGAAACACCAUCACCGUAGUAGCCAAGCACAUGCCCGGCGACUAUGACGCGGAGUACACCUCUCCCUUCGCGGGCGCCAACGUCCUGCCCAUGGCCCCCGAAUACAACCGCUGGGAAGGCGAAACCUGGCCCGAACUGAAAAAACUCGCCGAGACCUGUCCCGAAGCCGGCAUCCACUUCCAAAAGGCCGUCCUCUACCGACGCGCCCAAGACGAAGCCGCCGGCUUCGCGGGCCCCUUGUCCGACGGCCUCUUCGUGCGCAACCCGUGGUACAAAGACCUGGUGCCCGACUACGUCGACUUACCGGCCUCCGAGGUGCCAGAGGGUAUGUCCUCCGCCUCCUCUUUUACUUCGGUCUGCAUCAACACGGCCAUCUACCUCCCCUGGCUGGUGGGCCAGUGCCGGGCACGCGGCGUGGUGUUUAAGCGAGCCGUGCUCAAGCACAUCUCCGACGCCGCCAAGUUGAGCCACACGGGGCGCAAGCCGGAUAUCAUCAUCAACGCCACGGGCUUGCUGAGUUGUCGACUGGGCGGCGUGAUGGACCAAAAAGUGAUGCCCGCGCGCGGACAGGUGGUGCUAGUCCGCAACGAGGCGACGCCAAACAUGGUGUGCACGAGCGGCACGGACGACGGGAACGACGACGAGUUGUGCUACAUCAUGCAGCGAGCUGCAGGUGGGGGCACCAUUCUUGGAGGUACCUACAUGAAGGGUAACUGGGACGGCGUGCCGGAUCCGAACAUUGCGACGAGGAUCAUGAAGCGCGCCGUGGAGGCGUGUCCGGCGUUGACGGGUGGAAAAGGCAUCGAGGCGCUGGAUGUCAUUAGGCAUGCGGUCGGGCUGAGGCCGUAUAGAGAGGGCGGCGUGAGGAUCGAGAAGGAGAACAUCAAUGGGACGUGGGUGGUGCAUAACUAUGGACAUGGCGGAUGGGGAUAUCAGGGCAGCUGGGGUUGUGCGUUUAGGGUGCAGGAGCUGGUGGAUGAGAUUAAAAGUGAGUUGAAGCUUGGCUCUAAGCUCUAGUCUAGAGCGUUGGAAUUACUGGAUGAAUAAUGAAGGUCUUGGAAAAUAGUGUGGUAGCAACCAACUAUCUCUGGUUCAAGUU